UACUCGUAAAGCUCAACAUAUUUAGCUCAGCAGGCCUUUCUCCACUGGGUGUGUCAAUAUCUGCUGCAAGAUACCGUAAGCUUCCUUCCUCGUCAGACUUCUUAUAGCUGAACACAAUGCCUCACACACACACAGGAUGGAUGGCCAGACACACUCCAGCAUCAGCAGCAAGAGGGUGCUCUGAGAGGGGCCGAGUCUCCAGGAAACAUUAGCACGUUGGAGAGAGAGAGUUUGAUUGCCUGAGCGACUCUGUGAUCGAGUCCAUUCAGUGAGAUUCAAAUUGCUCCUCCAGUCCACCACCGCCAAGUGACCAAUGGAUUUCCUGCACAGCCUCAGCUCCCCCACAUCCUGCCCAUCCCUCUACAGCCACAGCAACAACAGCAUCAUCCUGGAGCACUACAACUACACGGGCAGGCUCCAGUACCGAAAACCGGAGAAGAUAGGGGUCAGCGUGCUGUCGGCCAUCUUCCUGUGCUUCAGCAUCUUCAUCAUCCUGGAGAACCUGCUGGUGCUGCUAGCCGUGCUUUUCCACGUGCGCCAACGCCAGCGUUGGAUUUUCAUCUGCAUUGCCAACAUCGCGCUUAGCGACUUGCUAACUGGAGCCACCUAUGUGGUCAACAUUUGCUUGUCUGGUGGUCAGACCUUCAAGUUGAGCCCAGUUCUUUGGCUCUUGAGGGAGGGGCUUCUGUUUGUAGCUCUGGCAGCGUCCAUCUUUAGCCUUUUGCUAAUUGCUGUGGAACGCUACGCUACCAUGAUGAAGCCAGUCCACCAAAAGUCAGCUAAGAAGACUUACCGCGUCUACCUGAUGGUGGCGCUGUGCUGGCUAACGGCCUUCGCUAUCGGCUUCCUGCCUCUUCUGGGCUGGAACUGUGUGUGCGACCUACGCAGCUGCUCCACGCUCCUGCCACUCUACUCUAAAAGCUAUAUCCUGUUCGCUUUGGUCAUUUUCUUUAUCAUUCUCUUGACCAUUGGCGCGCUCUAUUUCGCCAUCUACUGGCACGUCCGACGCAGCACAGACGCGAGCUCGUUCCGAAACCGGAAGCGCUCUCUCCGACUCCUCAAAGCAGUCAUAUCCAUCGUGGGAAUCUUCAUCGUGUGCUGGGGGCCCCUGUUCAUCCUUCUCUUGGUAGACUACUACUGCUACUCCCGCAGCUGCAGCGCCCUCUUCAGCCCGCAGUGGGUAAUCGCCCUAGCGGUGCUCAACUCAGCCAUGAACCCUCUCAUCUAUUCCCUCGGAAGCCUGGAACUGCGCAAGGCCAUCGCCAGCCUGCUGUGCUGCUGCUGCCUGAAGAUGGGCAUUCUCGACCCUAAGAGCUUCAUGUCCAAAGAGACGUCCAGCACGUCGGGCAGUCGGCACAGCAGCCUCCGAAACAGCUUCAGCAAAGUGAGGAAUCUGAGCACGAGUCCGCAGCCUCAGCCCAAGAACUGCAAGAAACCCAGGCUGAGCUCCACCACGUCCUGCCUGUCUGCAUCGAGCGGUUAGACCACAUGGGGGAAGGUGUGGGCCUUUACUGCCACGGGACGCAGUGCUGUUCCACCCCAACGGGCACACAGACACACAGACAUACACACAGGCGCACACACACACACACACACACACACACACACACACACA